GCUGGCUGGGCGGCUGCCUCCUAGUGUCAGCAUUAGGAAUGGUGCCACCUCCUGAAAACGUCAGAAUGAAUUCAGUUAAUUUCAAGAACAUUCUACAGUGGGAGUCACCUGCUUUUCCCAAGGGGAAUCUGACUUUCACAGCUCAGUACCAAAGUUAUAGGAAAUUCCAAGAUGUAUGCACGAGUACUGUCUUGAUGGAAUGUGACUUCUCAAGUCUUUCCAAGUAUGGUGACCACACCUUGAGAGUCAGGGCUGAAUUUGCAGAUGAGCAUUCAGACUGGAUAAACAUCACCUUCUGUCCUGUGGAUGACACCCCCAAAAUUGAGAAGGAACCUGAAACAUGGACCAUGAGGAAUAUUUAUAACUCAUGGGCUUACCAUGUGCAAUACUGGAAAAAUGGAUCCGAUGAAAAGUAUACAAUUACUUGUCAGUACGACUUUGAAGUCCUCCGAAAUCUUGAGUCAUGGACAACUUACUGUGUUCAAGUUCAAGGAUUUCUUCCUGAUCGGAACAAAACGGGGCAAUGGAGUGAGCUGGUCUGUGAACAAACAACCAAUGACGAAACCACUCCCUCGUGGCUCGUGGCCGGUGUCCUGGCCGCCUCGGUGUGUGCCGCCUUCCUGCUGCUCCUUGGCUGCCUCGCCUCGCUGCACUGCCUGUACAGGAAGGCCCGGUACGCCUUCUCCCCGAGGUAUUCCCUUCCACAGCACCUGAAAGAGUUUUUGGGCCAUCCUCAUCACAGCACACUUCUCUCAUUCUCCUUCCUACUGUCUGAUGAGAAUGAAGUUUUUGACAAACUGAGUGUCAUCACAGAAGUAUCUGAAAGCCACAGGCAGAAUCCUGGCACCAGCUGCAGCCUCAGGACCCAGUCUGGGCAGGGACUCUUUGAACUAGUCUCCGAGGAGGGACCACACUCAGCUGGGCACGGUGACCCCCUGCUUCUCACAUCUGCCUCUGAAGGCGAUCAGAGCAACACACAAACGAGGACCGAGACCACCUGAGUAAACCCCAAAUCGAGAACUCUCAGACAGUGGGACAAGCAUAAACAACCAAAGAGCUGAAUUUUAAAGGCUCACUUGGCAAAAAGACUCCGUAUUGGGAACUUGCUACUUUAUAAAGGCCUUAAUGAUUAAAAAAAGGAAGUAGUUGGCUGCCGGAGGUAUGGUUUUCAACCUCUUGUGUUCACUGAUAUACCAAAAAAAAAAAAAAAAAAAAAAGGUUUUAAAUGGUGGCAAGCAGAAAUAUUUAAAAUGAGGAAUAAAAACUGAGAUACUGUAAAAUCUGAGCAGAGUGCCAAUAGACUGGUCCAAAAAAAUGGCCUGGACUCAGAAGUAAUUGUCAGCAAACACUGUACAGAGUGCAGACUUUGUGGAUUCUCAGAGACUUACUUUCCUACAUGGACGAGUUUUAUAUAGCACUAUUAAAGUUUAUUUAAUCUGUGUGUAUUAAUGA